AUGGCGAAACGGGGGCGAGGGCAGCCACCGAAUACGGUGCCUCCGCCACCGGUGAAUCAUCCUCAACCGGCAACUAAUCUGGUAGUGGAGACUGAGAAUCACGAGUUACAGAAGCACGAAGAAACUAUUGAGGAAUUUGAAGCAACAACGAAGAGUCCUGAAACCCUAAUUGAAGAACCGAAGGAGGUCACUGAUCGAAAACUGUGGGUAGAUGUUCUAAACAACAAUCGUAAUCCGUCCAACGGCGUAACAAUGGAGUUUGUAGCACCCAAACUGAUCAAUGGUGAAGUGGAAGUGGAAAUUGAAGCGGAGGACAUUGCGUCAGAACUUCAAUUUUGGGAAAACGCGAUGAUACUGUAUGUGCUGGGAGGUAGUUUGAGCAUGACUAUGUUGAAGAACUACAUGGUGAAGAUGUGGAAUUUCGUUACUCUUCCAGAUAUGUUGUAUCACGAUGACGGUUACUUCCUUCUCCGUUUCAUGAAUCGCGAAGACAGGGAAACUGUGAUGAUGAGAGGACCCUACACCAUCCACAACAUGCCAAUCAUACUGAAGGAAUGGACGCCAGAUUUCAAUCUAAGCAAAGACCUGGAGAAAACUAUGCCGAUUUGGGUAAAGUUACCACAAUUGCCUCUAUGCCUUUGGGGAUUGAAAAGCUUGAACAAGAUAGGCAGCGCAAUAGGCAAUCCUUUGAUGACUGAUGAAUGCACAGCUCAGAAACUUAGAGUUUCUUAUGCUCGCAUAUUGGUUGAGGUUGAUAUUACCCAAAAAUUGGUAGAGGAAAUCACCAUAUCUGACAGAACUGGAGGAAAGAUAAAGCAGAUUGUGGAAUACGAGUGGAAGCCAGAAUUUUGUGAGAAAUGUCAAAAGGCUGGUCAUCAAUGUGGAAAGAAGAAAGUUGUCAAGAAAUGGAUACCUAGGAACAAGCAAGCAGAUGAGGUAAAGGCAGAUCCCCUUCCAAAGACACCUGUGCAGAAUACUGAAACUGAAGGAGAGGACAAACCAGAAGGUUGGAUUACAGUGGGCAAAGCUGCAAGACAUACAGGCAAAGCUAUAGAGGUAAUUGGUACAUCUAAUGUUGAUUGUUCUAAUGGUUUCAAGGCUCUAGAAGUUUUGAACGACUCUCUAGGAGGCCUAGGGAUGGUUACAUGA